GUGUACUACUGCUCUCGCGUGUGUUUAUGGUUGCCUUAGCGGGACCAAUUGAAAAAUAAUACUCACUACUGCUGACAGAACAAAGGGAGAAGACGACAAUGGCGGGCUCUCCCAUUAUAAAUAUUGAGAGACAGGGAGAGGGCGAUGGCGUGUUCAGCUCGGUGUGGGAUACCGUAGCUUAACUGCUUGUAUUAACUCAUUUCCCUAUUCUUUGAUUUCCCUUCUCUCUCUCUCUCUCUCUCUCUCUCUCUCUCUCUCUCUCUGUGAAGGGUUUUACAUCGCAAAGCGGCCAAGCAAACACUGACCAAAUCAGAAGCGAUGCUUCAUUUCAAGAAACUGUUUUCCCCAAAACAAGCAUAGUUAAACAACUGUGUUUAAAGAAGAAGAAGAAGAAGAAGAAGCAGAGCAGCUGAAGAUUUGUUUGUCUCAUUCUCAAGGAGACAACGGCCAUGAGAGGCGCGGGUAUGCUGAACGUUCUGGCGGUUUUGGCGCUCUGCGUUCUUGCCACUUGGACGUCUGCCGCCAAUGUCACCUACGAUGGCAGAGCUCUUGUCAUCGACGGCAAGCGCAAAGUCUUGAUCUCCGGCUCCAUCCAUUACCCUCGCAGCACUCCUGAGAUGUGGCCGGACCUCAUACAGAAAUCGAAAGACGGAGGUUUAGAUGUAAUAGAGACCUACGUUUUCUGGGACCAGCACGAACCCAAUCGUGGCCAGUAUGAUUUUGGGGGAAGAAAAGAUUUGGUCAAGUUCGUGAAGACGGUCGCGGAAGCUGGUCUGUAUGUCCAUCUGCGCAUUGGUCCUUAUGUGUGUGCGGAAUGGAAUUACGGGGGGUUUCCUGUUUGGUUGCAUUUUAUUCCUGGUAUCAAGUUUCGAACUGAUAAUGAGCCGUUCAAGGGAGAGAUGAAGCGUUUUACGGCUAUGAUUGUGGACAUGAUGAAGAAGGAGAAACUCUAUGCGUCUCAAGGGGGACCAAUCAUCCUAUCCCAGAUUGAAAAUGAGUAUGGAAACAUUGAUCAGGCAUAUGGGUCUGCAGCCAAAUCAUAUAUCAAUUGGGCGGCAACCAUGGCUAUCUCUCUGGAUACAGGGGUCCCCUGGGUGAUGUGCCAGCAAGCUGAUGCUCCUGACCCAAUCAUCAACACUUGUAAUGGGUUCUAUUGUGAUCAAUUCACUCCAAAUUCCAACAAGAAACCCAAGAUGUGGACUGAGAAUUGGACUGGAUGGUUUCUUUUAUUUGGUGGGAGCCUACCAUCUAGACCUGUUGAAGAUAUUGCAUUUUCUGUUGCCCGCUUUUUCCAACGAGGUGGAACCUUCCAAAAUUAUUAUAUGUAUUAUGGUGGGACUAACUUUGGCCGGACUACUGGUGGACCCUUUAUUGCUACAAGUUAUGACUAUGAUGCUCCAAUUGAUGAGUAUGGACUCCUUCGGCAACCAAAGUGGGGUCACCUGAGGGAUCUGCAUAAGGCCAUUAAGCUUUGUGAGGAUGCAAUGGUGGCCACAGAUCCAACAAUCACUUCCCUUGGUUCAAAUUUAGAGGCCAGUGUUUAUAAAACGGGAUCAGGGUCAUGUGCUGCUUUUCUUGCCAAUGUUGGCACCAACUCUGAUGCAACUGUGAAUUUCAACGGCAAUACAUACCACUUGCCUGCAUGGUCUGUGAGCAUCUUACCAGACUGCAAGAAUGUGGUUCUUAAUACUGCAAAGAUUAACUCUGUGGCCACUAUUCCAAGAUUUGCGCAUCCUUUGAAUGAUGGUGUAGACUCAUCUGAAGCAUUCCAGUCAGACUGGAGUUGGACUAAUGAGCCAGUGGGCAUUUCAAAGAGAGAUUCAUUCACAAAAGUUGGACUGUUGGAGCAAAUAAAUACUACAGCUGAUAAAAGUGACUACCUUUGGUACUCGCUGAGCACUGAAGUUCAUGCUGACGAGCCUUUCCUUCAAGACGGAUCUCAAACUCUUCUGCAUGUAGAGUCUCUUGGUCAUGGUCUUCAUGCCUUUGUUAAUGGGAAGCUUGCAGGGAGUGGAAUGGGCAAUGGUGGUAAUGCAAAGGUUGCUGUGGAGAUUCCCAUCACACUUGUGCCUGAAAAGAAUACAAUAGCUCUCCUGAGUUUGACCGUGGGACUUCAGAACUAUGGAGCAUUUUUUGACAUAGUAGGUGCUGGGAUCACUGGACCAGUAAAGAUCAAAGGCUUGAAGAAUGGCACCACUGUUGAUCUCUCCUCACUACAGUGGACAUAUCAGAUUGGACUGAAAGGUGAAGAAUUAGGCCUUCCUAGUGGAAGCAGUGAAAGUUCUUCACAGUGGAAGCCAUUCUCUACUUUGCCCAAGCAGCAACCUUUGGUUUGGUACAAGACAAAAUUUGAUGCCCCUGCUGGCAGCAACCCAAUUGCUCUAGACUUCACGGGGAUGGGGAAAGGUGAGGCAUGGGUGAAUGGACAAAGCAUUGGUCGUUUUUGGCCAAGUUAUAUCUCUCCAAGUAGUGGUUGCCCGGACUCUUGUAAUUACAGAGGAUCCUAUAAUUCGAACAAGUGCCGCUUGAACUGUGGGCAGGCAUCUCAGAAACUAUACCACGUACCUCGUUCAUGGUUGCAAGCAAGUGGGAACACUCUAGUGUUGUUUGAGGAAAUCGGUGGGGAUCCAACAACGAUCUCUCUUGCCACACGGCAGAUCAGAAGUUUGUGCUCACAUGUGUCAGAGUCCUACCCGGCACCUGUAGAUAUGUGGGGUUCGGAUGCCAAGGCGAGAAGGAAAUUAGGGCCUAUAUUGUCACUGGAGUGCCCAUCUCCUAAUCAGGUUAUUUCUUCCAUCGAGUUUGCAAGCUUUGGAACUCCUCGCGGAACCUGUGGAAAUUUUAGCCAUGGUCAGUGCAGCAGCAGAAGGGCUCUUUCCGUCGUAAAGAAGGCUUGCGUUGGAUUAAAGAGUUGCGCCAUUGGAGUAUCAGCUGAGACAUUUGGCAAUCCAUGCAAGGGAGUGACGAAGAGUUUGGCAGUAGAAGCUUCCUGUAGAUGAAGAGACCCUGCUGGUUACAAUUAGUUUUUGUAUUGUGGUGCAAGAAAAACAUUGGCCCCAAGAAACUGUAUAUUGAAUAAACUUGGGGACUGAUAUUGAAAGGAUAUUAAAUCCUAAUAGAAAUCAAAUAAAAGGGUUUUAUGGUG